AUGUCCACCAUGACCAGUCUCGAACGGAGUCACUCCUGUACCUCCAGCACCUCUCUCUCCAUGUCUAGUCCUCGCCUCUCUGUCCGACGAGAACCGACACCGCCUGGCUCCGAACCCUCCCUCAUCCAUCUCCACGACCGCAUGAACGAACUGGACUCCCGUGUUCUCGAACUCCGAUCCAACGUUUUGACUAAGGAAGCAUAUGUGGACCGACGGAACAGGGAGGAUGAUCAUAUUCGACGCGAGUUCGCCAACCACAAUGCCAUUUCCCAUCGUAUUGAUUUGAAUGUCGUGGCUCUUCGGUCGGAUGUGGAUCAAAUUCGAAGCAGUAUCUUUCAGUUAAAGUCUAGUGUCGGACAGUCUGGGACAGAGACCGUUUUCUUGCGAAGCGACGUGGAUCGUUUGCAGAAGAGCGUGGAUCGACUCCAGUCUGAUUCUGAACGGAUGACGGCUGAUACCUGUGCUUCACGUAUCGAUAUCAGUAAACUGCAGACUGCUACCAACCAACUUCGCACGGAUUUGAUGACAUUGGAACAUAAGCUAUCACGCCAAAUAAGUGCCAUGGAGUCACACGUGAACGGUCGUAUCGAUUCUUUGGAAUCUCGAUUGAAGCAAGGCGAUCGAAUUCGAUUCAACUCACUCGCCCAAACAAUACACGCUCCUAUCAACCCAGUACCUGUCAUUUUGGAUGAUGGUACACUUGAAUGGCCUAAAUAUUUCCCACGUACUGUGUGGAGAUUUUGGUGCUUGAAAAAGCGAAGCCGAGUUCAUCGCUUGGCUGAGCUCGCAGAAUUCUACCAAUUGGAAGGUUACCAGAGCUGGAGUCGCAUGCACCCUACAGACAUGUUUGACAAUGACAGCGAUUCAAGUGACUCCACUGAUAGUAAUUUCACCGUCACCCGUGCUGAGGCAGUGCAUCGGUUUCCCGAGGCAGCUCAUCAAGCUUUGGCAGCAACUUUAGGUCUUGUGUAUUACAAGAUUCGUAAUGAAGUUGGUGAAGGACCGAAUGCCGUGAUGGCUCAACGUCCACCAAAGCGUCAGCAAGAGGAUGUUGCCUCUACAAACUCUAGUUCCAAAUCUAAGCCUGUCAAGAUGCCUCGCCGACCUAAUCAUGUGACCGAUUCUUUCCUGCAACGGCUGAUCACUGGCACUGGUCCAUCUAUUGAAUCAAAGUCUUCUACUUCUGAAGAAUUUGAUCAAUUGGGUUGGAAAGCAUUCUCUGAUGUUUCAGAAGAUGCCAUUGGCAAAUUGCGAUCUAUUGAUCCACAAGACCUUGGCUCCGUUCUUCGUGCCCUCGAACAGGGUCGAUUGAAGCUGAAGCCCAGUCGUUCUGAAAAGAACAUCUCGCCCACCGAGUCAAAGGCGUCUUUUGGACUAGGCGCCAAGGCCCCCCAAGAGGACGAAGUCCCUACCGUUCCGAAUACAGUCCCCACACAACCUCUUACCUCUUCGUCGGCGCAGGGCAAAGCCCGCCCGUCCUCUAUUCCUGAUGUUCCUCCAACUGCUUCCGAUUCGGACAGUUCAACAUCAUAA